UUGCGCAUGUUGUGGGCUUACCCCCCGCUCACGUGAUUGUCGUUCCUCUGGGUCUGGGUCUGGGUCUCUCGCUGGGCGCCAAGGCUGGCGAGCGGAGGCGGCCGCGACCGUCGCGGCGGGCGGGGAAUGGGGGAGCCGAUGCCCGUGGGAGCGCCAGUGCCGGUAGAGCAGGCAGUGCUGGAGACGUUUUUCUCUCAUUUAGGCAUCUUCUCCUACGACAAGGCCAAGGACAAUGUGGAGAAGGAGCGCGAAGCCAACAAGAACGCCGGGAGCAGCUGGCUUUCGCUCCUGGCGGGGCUGGCCCAUCUGGCGGCGGCUGAAAAAGCCUACCAUAGCAUGACCUUCCUGGGCCAGAAGCUAGGUGGGCAGUCAUUCUUCAGCCGGAAGGAUUCUAUACGAACAAUAUAUACAUCUCUGCAUAAUGAACUGAAGAAAGUGGUAGCAACAGGUCGGAAUGCAGUGGGAGGAACAGCUCCUCACCUAGAAGAACUACUUUCUCACCUUUCUGAACAGCUAUGUUUCUUUGUCCAGGCUCGGAUGGAAAUUGCUGACUUCUAUGAAAAAAUGUAUAGCCUCAGUACCCAAAAGUAUAUAAACUCUGAGGAACUGAUAAAUGUCUUGGAAUCCAUCCUCAAAAGAUACAGCUCAAGAUUUCAUCAUCCAAUCCUUAGUCCUCUGGAGGGUAGUUUCCAGUUAGAAACUGAUGUGCUUAUGCAUCUUCUGAAGGCUCAGGCACAGAUCUCUGAGUGGAAGUUCCUCCCAUCCUUGGUCCACUUGCACAAUGCUCAUACA